CAACCACAGACGCUGGACUUUAUAAACUACAGAUGAACAGCCACAUCCAUCCUCACCACAGCAUCAUCAGAAUUAAGAGAUUCAGCAUUACUGUCACUGAUGCGUCCGGUGUUGAAACAGAUGGCAUGACAGCAAAUGUGAUGGAGGGACAUUCAGUCACUCUACACACCGAUGUUAAGAUGAACCAUCAAGACAGAAUUAGAUGGUAUUGUAAUAAGACUCUCAUCGCUCAAAUCACUGGAGAUCAGAGUAAGAUCUGUACACUUGAUCAGUGUAAAGAGAGAUUCAGAGACAGACUGAAGCUGGACAGUCAGACGGGUGAUCUCACCAUCACAGACAUCAGAACCACAGACGCUGGAGUUUAUAAACUACAGAUCAUCAGCAGAAGAGUCAUUCACAAGAUCUUCAACGUUGCUGUUCAUAGUGUUCCUGCUAAUGAGAGAGAUAAAGUGAAGAGUAAGUCAGUGAAGGAGGGAGAAUCUCUCAUUUUACAUCCUGGUGUAAUAAAAAACCCAAAUCAUGUGAUGACGUGGCAUUUUAGUGACAUUCCCUUCGCUGAAAUCACCAGAGAUCAGAGUAAGAUCUGUACAGAUCAUGAGAGAUUCAGAGACAGACUGGAGAUGAAUAAUCAAACUGGGUCUCUGACCAUCAUGAACACCACAAACACACACUCUGGAGAAUACAAAGUAAAGAUCGUCCACAGCAUCAGCCACCGACACCGCAUCAGCAUCAUCAGCGUAGAGAAAUUCAGUGUCACUGUCGUUGAAUCAAGUAUGUCUUCAGGUCUUAAUGCAGGAAUAUGUGCUGUAUAUGCUGUUGUUGCUCUUGUCCUGCUGGUGGCUGCAACUGUUGCAUGGUUAAAGCACUCUAGCAGAAGGGGCUGUUUUUCUUGGCGGUUUGCAAACAUUACAGCCAUCUUCUAG